CGCGGCGUUCGGGGCGUGGCCGGGAGCACGUUGGCUCCGCCCCCUGGCGGCUGCCUCAGCGGCGGCGGCGGCGCAGGCUCAGAGCAGACCCCGCCCGGCGAGGAGGAGGGAGGGCCGCCAGUGUCGACAUGCUGCUGGAGGAGGUUCGCGCCGGCGACCGGCUGAGUGGGGCGGCGGCCCGGGGCGACGUGCAGGAGGUGCGCCGCCUUCUGCACCGCGAGCUGGUGCAUCCCGACGCCCUCAACCGCUUCGGCAAGACGGCGCUGCAGGUCAUGAUGUUUGGCAGCACCGCCAUCGCCCUGGAGCUGCUGAAGCAAGGUGCCAGCCCCAAUGUCCAGGACACCUCCGGUACCAGUCCAGUCCAUGACGCAGCCCGCACUGGAUUCCUGGACACCCUGAAGGUCCUAGUGGAGCACGGGGCUGAUGUCAACGCGCCUGAUGGCACCGGGGCACUUCCAAUCCAUCUGGCAGUUCAAGAGGGUCACACUGCUGUGGUCAGCUUUCUGGCAGCUGAAUCUGAUCUCCAUCGCAGGGACGCCAGGGGUCUCACACCCUUGGAGCUGGCACUGCAGAGAGGGGCUCAGGACCUCGUGGACAUCCUGCAGGGCCACAUGGUGGCCCCGCUGUGAUCUGGGGUCACCCUCUCCAGCAAGAGAACCCCGUGGGGUUAUGUAUCAGAAGAGAGGGGAAGAAACACUUUCUCUUCUUGUUUCUCCUGCCCACUGCUGCAGUAGGGGAGGAGCACAGUUUGUGGCUUAUAGGUGUUGGUUUUGGGGGUGUGAGUGUUUGGGGGACGUUUCUCAUUUGUUUUUCUCACUCCUUUUGGUGUGUUGGACAGAGAAGGGCUCCUGCAGGCCACAGCCACCUAAACGGUUCAGUUUCUUCUGCGCCCCAGGCUGCUGGGGCCUCAGACAAGACCCAAGGGCAGAGCAUUUAAGAGUGAAGUCAUGACCUCCAGGGAGCCUAGAAGCUGGUGGCCUUGGCCGGCUGUGCUCAGAGACCUGAAGUGUGCACGUUGCUUCAGGCAUGGGGGGUGGGGGGAGCGUCCCAAAUCAAUAAGAAGGUAGAAUGAGUUAUGAGUUAUUGAUAUUCUGUUGGAAGCUUGUUUUCCAGUCUCUUGUACAGCGUUUUAAAAGAAAUGGAUUCUAUUUAUUAUGCUUUAUUGGAAAAAAUGUAAUAAUUUAAUGUUUUUACCCAUUAAAUUAAGACUUGUGCAUGAUCA